UCAAUCUCAUUCAAUUUUCAGCUGUGCUGUGUGACAGCUGUUUGUCGAAUUAUUUUUAAAAGAUCGUGUCAAUAUUUUUCUCAGCAAAGUAAUAUUACUUGAUUUAAUUCGUAAAGCGGGCUUCAAUUAUUGAAAAAAAUACCUAUUUCGUUCAUAAAUUGGUUUAUCAUAUGCAGAAAGUGUGUGACUGAGUGUGAGCAAUUCAAAUUAAAACCUUUUGAUCAGCUGACUGGAAAUAUCUGUGUUUUUAUGAAUUGAUACGAGAUGGGUGCUACUUAAUCCGAACAAAAGUACUUAAAUAGCUCACCAAAUGCAACCGUACCUAGCCAAGCGGUAUUACAGAGUUCAAAGGAAGAAACUACCUCUUUAAAUAGUAUUUAGGAGUAUAUUUUAAGCUUUAAAAAUGGAUCCAGGAUACUUUGACACGGUCAGAGAGCAGAACCCGAGGGAAAAGGCGAACCCCAUUUCUCAAGUUACUUUUUGGUACACAAGGUCUAUAUUCAGUCGCGGGCGGCGCGGACAGCUCGGUAUAUCGGACGUGUAUCGGUGCAGCCCUGAACAUGUCGCCACGGAUAGAGGAGACGCGUUGGCCUCUACUUGGGGGCGGCAGCUGUCACAAAAAGAGAAAGGGAAGACACCAUCACUACUUCGUGCCAUACUCAGCCUGUACGGACGACAGUUUUUUAUAGUUAAUCUAUUGUUCGCCGUGGCUGAUGCUAGUUUUAGAUUGUGCAUCCCGCUCUGUCUCGAGGGAAUGAUCAACUACUUCUCUCCCUCGUCCCCCACCGCCGUGUCCACUACGGAGGCGUAUCUCUACGCUACGGGGGUUGUCGGUUUCAUGGCAAUAAACGCUACAAUGAUGCACCCGAUGCUGCUGUGGCUGCUGCACCUCAGUCUGAAGGUGCGCGUGGGGUGCUGCUCGCUCAUUUAUAGAAAGCUCCUGCGAUUAGACCUGACCACAGGCGGCAAAGCGUCCGAAGGCCUAGCGGGCCACGUGAUAAACCUGCUGACGACAGACGCACAACGCUUCGACAUGGCCAGUGUUUUCUUAGUGGAUCUAGUGAGGACUCCCAUAGAGAGUUUACUCAUAAUCUACCUCAUGUACAGACAGAUCGGCGUGUCUUGUCUGAUUGGCGUGUCGUUUUUGCUGCUGUUUAUACCUUUGCAAGGCUACCUAGGCAAGAUCUCCAGCCGCCUCCGUCGCCAGACAGCCAUGCGUACAGACAACCGCAUUCGACUGAUGAACGAAGUACUACAGAGUAUAGAGGCGGUCAAAAUGUACGCUUGGGAGGGCGCCUUUGCGAAGAUCAUUGGACACGCCAGGAAAAAAGAAAUGAACGUCAUCAAAAAGAUGUCCUGGCUCCGAGUAGUGAUGAUCUCGUGCGUGAAACUCAACACAAAAGUCGCCAUAUUCCUCAGCAUAAUAUCCUACGUAUCUUUCAAAAACGAAUUGACUGCAGCCAAAGUCUUCGUAAUAUUUUCUUACUAUGAUAUACUGAAAUACAGUUUAGUAGAUUUCCUGCCGUUAGCUAUAACGUUUACGUUAGAAGCGUUUGUGUCUAUUAAAAGGAUGCAGGAGUUUCUGCUUUUGCCCGAAGUGGAUAACAAAGAUGGCGUCGAUUUGAUGAAGAUACAUAAAGAGGCUACGCCGGUAGCAAAUGGGGUUUUUGAGAAGAUUGGCAAUGGGCAGCAAGCCUACAUAAAGUCGGACACGAAUCUAGAACAGCUAUCCAAGCCUGAAGUCCUGGUCUCCUUCAAGAACUACACGGCGUACUGGGGCAGCGGGGACAAGCCCGGGGAGGCGGGGAAGGUGCCUGCACUGAAGGAUAUUAAUUUAGAGAUAAAGCCAGCAACCCUCACCACAGUGGUCGGCACAGUGGGCGCGGGCAAGUCCUCCCUUCUGCUUGGCCUACUGCGGGAGUUAGCCCCCUCGAGCGGCCUACUGACCGUCGGCGGGACGCUGGCGUAUGCGCCGCAGGAGCCCUGGCUGUUUGAGGGCACUGUCCGUCAAAACAUCCUAUUCGGUCUGGAGCUGGACCUGAGAAGAUACAAGCAAGUAGUACGGUGUUGCCAGCUAAAGAGUGACUUGGACACGCUGUCUCAUGGCGACGCCACAAGAGUGGGCGAGAGAGGUAUUUCCCUAUCAGGAGGACAGAGGGCGCGCGUGGCGCUCGCUCGCUGCGUCUACAAGAAGGCCGAUGUGUAUCUGUUAGAUGAUCCACUGGCUGCUGUGGAUGCUAAGGUAGCCCAAGCCAUCUACACAGACUGCAUCCGCGGGUUCCUACGAGACAAGGCCGUGGUACUGGUGACGCAUCACGUGCAGUACGCACAACGGGCUCAUAAUGUGUGCGUCAUGAGGGAAGGCAGUAUAGUGGCUCAAGGCACUUACGACGAGCUGAAACACAAAGUGUCUGAGUUCGAGAAGCUGAUAGAAAUGGGAGAGAAGGACGAAGAAGAUAAACAGAAGCAGAAGUCGGGCCUGGAUGUCAGCGAUAAUGUUGAGCACCAGCGCAUGCGCAGCCAGCGCUCCAUGUCGGAGGUGUCCCAACUAUCCUUCAACCUGGACCUGGAUAACAACUUGAGUCCUGACUACCAAGGCGAGGCCCAACAACGCGGUUCCGUCUCCCGAAGCGUCUACGCGUCCUACAUGUGGAGCGGCGGCGGUCCUAUCUCCAUACUGGCGCUGUUAGCUCUGAUGUUGCUGGCUCAAGUGUUCUAUUCCUCCACUGACGUGUGGCUGAAAGACUGGGUCAACUUGGAAGAGGCGAACAGUGCGGCGAAUGUGUUGCAUUCUGUGGCGAAUACUACAUUACCACCUCCAGCGUUCGAGUCUCUCCCAGGCAACUACUGGGGGUUAACGCGAGAGCAGUGCGUCUACAUAUACGGGAGUCUCAUCCUGAUCUGUAUAUUCUUCACUUGGAACAAGCUCGUGUUGUUCUACAACACUUGCAUUCGGGCUUCGAUCAAUCUGCAUAAUAAUAUGUUUAAAGGAGUAACCAGUGCCCCGAUGUGGUUCUUCAACCACAACCCCACGGGGCGAGUGCUGAACCGUUUUUCAAAAGACAUGGGCCAAGUGGACACCCUGCUGCCGGUCGCACUCGUCGACUGCAUGGGCUUUUUUCUAGAAGUGGUGGCGAUAUUAGUGGUGGUGUGCAUAGUGAACUGGUGGCUGCUGCUGCCGACUGCCUUCGUGGCAUGUCUGCUGUAUCUACUGCGGGACGUGUUCCUUCAUACGAGCCGGGAGUUGAAGAGGAUCGAGGCCAUUGCGCGAAGUCAGUCGCUGAACCACGCGGCGGCGACCGUCAACGGGUUAACCACCAUCCGCUCCGCCGGCCACCAGCAGCGGACGCUGGCGCAGGAGUUUGACAAACUACAGGACCUCCACUCCUCAUCCUGGAGCCUGGUGCUCGUCACGAACAGAGCCUUCGGCUUCUGGAUGGACAUGGCGUGCUGCGCGUACCUCGCUGUUGUGGGCUACAGCUUCCUGCUGUUUCUAGCUGGAGGAGCGCAAGGGGGCAACGUGGGCCUGGCCAUCACGCAGGUGCUGGGGCUGGUGGGCAUGUGCCAGUACGGCAUGAGACAGACGGCCGAGGUCGAGAACCAGAUGACCUCCGUGGAGAGAAUAUUAGAGUACACGAAUCUACCAGCAGAGGGGCCCAUGGAGCCCGACCCGCAGCUGAAGACCAGCCAUCCCGAUGUGGACCUCGACAAGUGGCCGAGUAAAGGCGAGAUAGUAUUCGAAGACGUGUACCUAGAGUACGAAUCUCCACCUAAACAGGCUGGCAAUAAGGACGAGAGUCCCAAGGACGAGCUAGCCAAGAGCGUGCCGGACCAGCCUAACUACGCCAUCAAAGGAGUCAGUUUUAAGAUACAACCUGCUGAGAAGGUGGCAGUAGUUGGUAGAACCGGAGCCGGCAAGAGUUCUCUUAUAGCGGCGCUAUUUAGACUAAGCAAGAUAUCCGGCAAGAUCACAAUAGACGGGCUGACAGCGGAGCAGGUCGGGCUGUCGCGCUGGCGCAGCGGCGUGGCCGCGCUGCCGCAGCGCCCCGCGCUGUUUGCGGCGUCUCUGAGGGAUAACUUGGAUCCUCAUGGGGUUUAUAGUGACGCGCAGAUUUGGGAGAAGCUUAAGCAGGUGGAGCUAAGCGACAUGGUGUCCAAGCUGCCCGGCGGCCUGGCCACGAACGUGGGCGACGCGGGCGGCGGCGUGUCCGCGGGGCAGCGCCAGCUGGUGUGCCUGGCGCGCGCGGCGCUGCGCGGGGCCAGCGCUCUCGUGCUGGACGAGGCCACCGCUAAUGUGGACCAUGAAACGGACGCGCACAUCCAGCACACGAUCCGCACGCGCUUCGCCUCCGCCACCGUGCUCGCCAUCGCGCACCGACUCAACACCGUCAUGGACUACGACAGAGUCAUCGUCAUGGACAAGGGUCGCAUCGUGGAGUCGGGACAUCCGUACGAGUUGCUGAAUAAGGGACAGCGACACUCGACUUUAUUGAGCAAGAGUGAGGCCCCGCUCGCUACGCCGGAGAGCUUCGCCGACAACGAGACCGUGGUGCUGGGCCGCGACCGGGUCAGGACCUACAGCUCCAGAUCGGAGGCGGAUUCGGAGAACAUCUUCAAGUCGCUGGUGGAGCAGACCGGCCGUGAGACCGCGGCAUUGCUCUAUGAGAUGGCUGAAAAGAGUUACAAGAAAUUGCAAGAAAAGAAGAACACAUAAACACUCAAAUGAAACUAAAUGUAGGUAAACUGCAUUCCACUGAGGCUGUAAAUUCAUUUUUACAAACAUUACAUUACUAAUGUAAAAUGUGUAGUGAUGUUUAUUCAUGAAAUUAUCAAUUUAUAGAUCAAUUAUUAUUCAAUGAAUUAUUAUUUGUUAAUAGGUGCUAAUAGAUAAAUUAUUAGGUAAAAAUUUACAACAUUGUUUUUUUUGUUUUAUGAAAACUUAAAAUUGUGUACUUAGGAAUGUAUAAUUUGUCUAUGAGUUGUUUCAUAGAUGAACGUUACCAAUACUUGGGUAUUCCACGAUCAGUAUUCUAGUAUUUUUUAAAUUUAAUUUUUACUACUUAUUACGAAUUUUUAUUGUACUUACGGUUAUUACUUAGUACUUUUUAAUAUAAUUUUAUAUAAGAUUCCAUUGUGAACCGUCAAUUUUUAUACCAGGAUGCCUUAAAGUUGUUGCCUGUAUAUUUUAUAAGUUAAAUUUAUAAUAAAAAGUAAUUAUAUUUUGAAAAUUUAA